AUUGGUGAGUUCGUGCGCGUGUGAACGGUGUGACGCGAAUAAACGGCUGGCGAGCGGCACGGCGCGGCGGUGGGCAGAGUGACCGCUGCUCGUUCUCAUACUUUGCUGGUACUCAGUUAGUGUAAAUACGCCGCGCGCGUCGGAGCUCGUUGUGACGAGGCCGAUUUACGUUUUUUGUGCUUCAGUUUUAUUUUAAUAUUGUGUGCGACUUAUUCAUACGUGUUAUCUAGUCCGAUAAUAGUGUAAAUUAUUGCGUCGUUUAGAGGAAACAUGUUGUGAUAUAUUUUGUGAAUGUGAGGUGCACACGACCGUAAGUUCAACGCGGCCAUGGGACAGUGUUCUUGUGUGAAGGGCCCUUUACGAUCCUGACAUAGAAAAAAGUAGCAGCCCAACGGCUAAACGAGAGCCGCUGACCGCAUACACUGCGCGCCAGAAAUAUCAACGUCUUGAAUUAUAACGUCUUCAAGUGCAUUGUACUGUGAUUACUGUGAACUUUGUGUUAAAACAAGUGCAAUAUACUGAUAGUGCAAUCGUACUCUUGACUUUCGUUAUUGUUAAAAGUGAAAUAACCGUGGAACUAUGGAGCGAGAGACGAAUCCAAUGGAGGCUCUGUGCCGUUCAGGCUGCGGAUUUUAUGGAAAUCCUUCUACAGAUGGACUUUGUUCGGUCUGCUUUAAGGAAGCGUUAAAGAAAAAGCAGCAGCCACCGGUGACGACGCCAUCCCCGGUUUCGACGUCGUUCGUGAGCACGGCCACGCCGCUCGCGGCCGCCGCGCCCACCGUGCCCGCGCUCCCCGCGCAGCAAACGCACACAGAUAAAUUGGAGGAGGAUAGUGGACCCGGAACUAGCGGAGCCAGCACCGGAACGUCAGACACGGACGCGGACGAUAAGGAUCCCAGCAAGGAUAAAAAGAAAAAGAACAGAUGUGCCGUUUGCCGCAAGAAGGUUGGACUCACAGGUUUUGAGUGUCGCUGCGGGGGCCUGUUCUGCGCGGUGCACCGGUAUAGCGACAAGCACGACUGCUCGUUUGACUACCGGGAGCUCGGCGCGCAGGAGAUCCGCCGAAACAACCCCGUCGUGGUCUCCCAGAAGAUACACAAGAUAUGAGCCCGACACGCGAGGCUCAAUUUCACUAAUUGUUAAUCAAUUCGGUUUUAAGGAGAUAUGUUUUAGCGGUCGACGUCUUCGUUUGUCGAUGAAUCGUCCAAAAUUGUUCGAAAUUGAUUUUGUAACGUUUUAAUUCGUCAGAACGAAAUCGUCGAUCGCUAAGUCGUUCAGUCUCGCCGGACUCGUCCGGUCGAGCGCCUGUUAUUUCACUCCACCGGGUCGAGUGUCCUUCUGUUGUGCGGCUGCCUGGGCGGAGACUCGAUCCGUUUUUAUGUUUAGAUUGAUUUGUGAGAACUCGCUUUUUAAAGGAGAUUGGGCAAAUGUAACUCGUGACGCCGAUAGUUGCCGAGUUAUAGAAAUAUCGGUACCUGAUGAAGCGUCGGUGGAAGGAGAGGCUAGUUUUGUUAGUCCAUAGAUAAUAGAAAUUAUUGUCAAUUAUUUUUUAAUUUUUUGUCCAUAAAUAAUACAUCUAUAUAAAUUCUUGUUUUCAUUGUAACCUUUUCAUCUUAUAUAUAUUUUAUUUUAUAUAAAGGAUUUGUUCUUAGUCUUAUCAACUUCGUUUCAUUACCCCUCACGUCGGGUGAUAUCGUUAGCGCCGCGCGCAACGUCGGCGGGACAAGACUCGAUGUAAUUUGCUCAAUCUCGUUUUGUUAAAUUUGUAGAUAAUGUUCGUUUUGGGGUAGGUAUUUCAUGAUUAAUUUUCGAUAUAAUAAGUAGAGUUCUGAAUAUGUCCAUUCACCUCCAUGUAAAUAUUAGAUAUAAUUAAUUAUAGAAAAAAAAAAUCCUAUAUAUUGUAAAAAAUUAAAACUGCAAAAAAAGCUACAUUGUUACGAUUCCAACGGAGAGGUCGCCGCGCUUCACGAUAUCGUGGUACAAUCGUAAGCUGCAUCACUAGUUUUAAAAUUGUACAGAUUACUUAUGACAUACAUGACUCGUGUCGCGCACUCUGACACUCGACGCGCCGCCGGUUGGAUGCACCACAUCCUCUUACAUUGUUAGUACUUUAAUUUCAGUUUGGGAAGUCGCUUUUCUGUCUAACAUUUGGCAUAUGAGAUCUAAGUUACCCGUCGCCCUAGCUGCCCGACAGCGAUAUGAUACUUUGGGAAAUAUCGAAUAGUCAUUGUAGCUGUAAUGAUGGCCUAUAAACUUGUCUGUGACAAGACUUGACGCAGCGCAAAUUGUUUUUGUAUUUAUUUUGCGCUAGACGCACAGUGGACUACUGUUCCACCAUUCUUAUUCCUGGCGUUUUCCCGUGACCAUAGAAAUUAAUUAACGUUGUAUUUACUACAUUAUAUUACUUUAACAUCAUCGUAUCGCAUCCCGCCCAACUGGGGCGACGGGUAUCAUUUGGCGUAAGUGACCUAGAGUUAGCGAGACUCCGCUCUUUGUGUGAAAAUUAUAAGUAAGCGAUAGUUAUACAUUUAUAAGUAGUGGACACUUUAUAUUAUUACUCAUUAUAUAAGUAGAAAAGAAUUAUUUAGCUUUUUCUUUUAAUCACAAUAUUAUUCGAAAUUGUAAGUUGUAUUAUUUACUUGUUCAUUUUAGUUGUGAAGUCGAAACGACUUAAGCCCGCACAGCUAGGGAUGUCCACAAUAAUCCAAUCAAUCGGCUCGACUUAAUUAUUUAAUGACUUUUGUUGUAUAUUUUGUUAGGUCAUUGAUUAAUUUAGGUCUUUUUUGCUUUAAAAUAAUCAGAUAAGGUGAUGUUAAUAAUGAAUGAUUUUUCUUCUAUUUUGCUGUUUUAAUUUAGUUAUUCUUCUAUUAAAGUCAUUAAAUUUCCAGGAACAUAAAA